AUGGACUCUUUCCAUCUGCGUAUACUCAUCGAGCGCUCUACCCUUGACGAAAACCUGCUGAAUAUUGCCGCCUCGAAAGGAUAUACCGAGAUUGUGAGAAUUCUUUUACCAAGGUUUGAUCCUAAUGUCAAAAAUGCCAAAGCGCAAACGCCUCUUCAUGUUGCGGUCUCGAACAAACAUCGGGACGUCAUUCGGUUUCUUCUUGAGAGUGGCGCAGACCCGAAUGUGCCGGACUCUGAUAGGAAGACCCCAUUGCACACUGCAGCUAAAAAGAGACUCUACGAGAUUGUCAAAGACUUACUGCGCAGUGGCGGGGAUCUAAACGCCGAUUUGACCCUGAGGGAUAGCUCAAACAGAACUCCAUUACUGAUAGCUGCGAGCCUUGGAAACGCAGAAAUAUUUGAAGUACUACUUGAACAGGGGGCAGACCUUGACUCUCAGGACGAAGAGGGCAAGACUGCUCUGCAUCUCGCCCUGGAAGCAGGCAAUUUGGCUUUGACAAAACGGCUAAUCGAACUCUUCAAAGACAAAUCCUUACUAGAUGUGCAAGACUCUUCAGGAAAAACGUCACUAUACCAGGCGGCCUACUCAGGAAUGAAAUUAGUUAUCGAGCUCUUAUUAGAAGCGGGAGCCGACGUAAACAUCCGAUCGAAGGCCGGGAAGCUCCCUCUCCAUGAGGGUACUGACAAUCAUGAUAUUACUCUCUUGUUGGCAGAGGCGAAGUCCGACCUGAAUGCAGAAGAUGAAGACGGCUGGACACCUUUGAUGUUAUGUGUGUACUGGGAACAUCUAGAUGCCAUU